AAUGAAACAGAAUCAACUUACCCUUUGAACGCAGCUUUCAAUGAAGUGGACAGGGCAGUGAGGUUUGCAACAGAAGAGUUCAAGCUCAUACAGGCAUUCAAGGAGAACCAGAUACGUUCAUUGGAAAAAGAACGACGAGAAAUGAUUGAACAAGCGCAGAGGAGUUCGGAUGAACAUACACAAAAACUUCAAGCAUCGCGCGAUGACAAUUUGCGAUUUAAAAAGGCCGCCGAGAGCAAGAGAAAACUCAUGGAGGAGAACAUGGCGAAGUUAACGGAAAAGUAUGAACGAUUAAAGAAGGAUUACGAAACACUUCAAAAUAAAUUAUCAACUGUUCAGCAAAGUGGUUCGCCCGAAAAAGAACACAGUGAACCGGGUGAGAAAAUUCAAUCGAUCCGUUUUCAACUAGAUUCUGAGUCGAUAGUUGAGCUGUACAAGAAAAUUUUUACGAAUCUUUGGCCUGAUGCUUUGAAAGAAGGAAAACAGUUGUAUAACACUACAGAUGACAAAAUAGUUCCACAAAAACUACUCAAAAUUCUUGAUUCUGCUUAA